AUGAAUAUGGCCCGUUGCAUGAUAUUUGCGUCAGGAUUGCCACUCAAUUUCUGGGGUGACGCGGUUGAAUAUGCUGCUUAUAUUUUGAACCGGGCCCCUACAAAUUCGAAUGCUGAGCGAAUGUCACCGAUGAAGGUGCUGACGGACCAGACCCCGUCGCUAGGUGAAAUUGUCGUUUUUGGAUCACCAUGUACAGUGAACAGAGAUCCUAAGAAGAAGAAUUUUGCUCCUAGAGGACAAAAAGGGAUUAUCAUUGGCAUUGGUGAAGAAACCAAAGGGUAUCGUGUAUACCUGCCGAAGGAUAAAGUGGUUGUUGUCUCGCAGCAUGUUCAAAAUAUUGAGACACUGAACAAGACCCAGAACAAGCAAGUUCAAGAAUUGUAUCUGCAGAAUCCUACUAGUCUGGAAGAUAAUGACUCCGCGCGAGAUCAAGUUCAGGAGGGAGGUAAUACCAGAUAUCAAGAUCUGGAGGAGGCGACGAGUCGUAAGGACCAGACACAGAAUAUGGAGAAAAGGACUCCGUGGGCAAGAAAGAAGAAGGUUGUGACAAGAUCGGCGAGCAAGAAUAAACGCUCAAGCCAGGGACAAAGAACUGAGAGUUCAGCCAUGGAUACUGACGUUGUCAAUGUUGUCACAACAUCUGACCCGAGAAACUUUGGUGAAGCUAUGCGUAGCAGUCACAAGGAAGGAUGGAUGAAGGCAAUUUCUGAAGAAUUGCAAGCCUUGGAGAACAAUGGAGUUUGGAGUAUUGUGAAGGCUCCAAAAGAUAUUGAAGCACUUCACUCGAAGUGGGUUUUUAAGACGAAGCGUGACGCAGAAGGUGGCAUCGAGAGAUUGAAGGCGAGAUUGGUCGCGUGUGGAAAUGAACAAGUCUUUGGAGUGAACUAUGGAGUUACGUUUGCUGCUGUGAUUGAUAUGUCCAGCGUGAAGAUGAUUUUCGCACUGGCAAGAAAGUGGAAGGUGCCUGCGAAGCAUGGAGAUGUUCCAAAUGCUUACGUUAAAGCAGACAAGGAAGAUAAUCUCGAUAUCUACAUCCACGUACCACAGGGAAUGCAGAUUGCAGAGGACUUAAAGAAGAAGAUCGGUGUUUCACAGAACAACGAGAUUGUUUUGGAGCUGAAGAAGGCACUAUAUGGAUUAAAACAAGCAGGAAGACUAUGGAGUAAAUUGCUACACCAGAAAUUGGUUGAUAUUGGUUUCAAACAAAGUCUCACGGACAUGAAGUGA